AUGGCUGAGCUGGCAGAUGCCUGGGAGGCGCACAUGCGGAUCCCACCGGAGAGGUGGUGCAUCACGAAGCUCGAGUUCGUCGAAUUUGUGGUGGACGUCCGCUCCGCUUGGACCAAUGGGAGGGUCCCGGACAACGAGGCGAUGCCGAACCCACGGCACCGCGACGCCAAGCACGGGCCCAACCUCUACCAGGUCAACGAGCACUACGUCAAGCCGUUGACAUUGGCCGCCGGGGGCAUGUCUUAUGCACUGAUGAAGCACCCGGAAGGUUUGGACUGCGAGGUUUUCGUCUCGCACUCGUGGUGCGAAGGCCUGUUCCAGCUGAGCAACAGCAUUCGGCGUGCGUGGCCGCAGCUGGAGGUGCGCCGGAACUUGUACUGCUGCCUUUUGGCGAACCCACAGAACUUGGACAUCUCAUCGCUGCUGGAUGUGGCACCGGAGAACAGUCCUUUUGCCAAGGCUUUGCAGCAGGCCUCCCAUUUGCUGGUUGUGCCGAAUUCCACGGUGGGAGUCUACUCGCGGCUGUGGUGCGUCUAUGAAGCCUACUUGGGAUCUGUCUUCAAAAAGACGUACCUCAUGCCUGUGAAGCCGCGAAAUUCAGCGAGGAAGCGCGUGAUGAUCAGGACGGUGCUGCUUCCCAUCAUUCUGGGGUUGCUUUUGGGACUCCUUUGGGAAGUCGUGCGGAAGCAGUUCACCAGGGAGAUAGAAACCCAGGUCCUUCUCUGGAGCUGCUUCAUCGAGUGGGCCGCCAUGGGCAUCCUGCUUCUGGCAGCCACAAGUGUAGUUUCGGGCCCAGAUGGCGAGUUCACCACGUGCAUGGCCGUGAUUUACUACCUUUUCAUCUUCGCCGUUGUCCUCGGCUGGUCCCUGGUGAUGCCCUGGUUUCACGCGACUUUGGGCUAUGAGUACUGGUAUGUCUACCUUUUGCAUUUCGGCGUGCCGGGCAACAUGGCCGUGAUAUCGACCGCUUGCGUGGCAUUGUUCGGGCAGGUAUACCUCGAGGGUGAGGAACUCCUGCUUCAAAGGGAGCUGUUGCACUUCGACUCGGUGCGAAAUGCCCGCUGCUCCAACCCCAGGGACGAAGAGCGGAUCCGCCGGGCUAUUGAAGGCAAAGAGGCGGAGGUGGAUGCCGUCAUCCGGAUCUUGAGCAUGGCAGGGGCGUACAAUGAGACCCUACGACGUGAGUGGGACGAGGGGGUCGAGAUCAGCGGAUCAGGAUUUACGGAUCUGACCUGCAACACUAUUUGGGCCAUGUUCAUUUGGGGUGCCUCAGCGGCUGCGGCGAUCGCCGAUGCCAUUUUGUGGCCAGAUCUGGCACCCUGGAUGUCCUAUGCUUCUGCGGUG